AAAUAUAUUAAUAUUCUUUUUAUCUAGUGUGAAUUUUUUUUUCAAAUUAUAAUCAUAAGAGAAUUAAUUUUAUAUAAAUACGUGGUAUAAUGAAUAUUUCAUUACUAUUGAUGUUAAUUAUGAACAUACAAGUAAGCUUCAGUGGUUUCAUACAAUAUUUAACGUGCUCCUAUAAUCGUUAUUUUUUAAACUUCUUUCACCAUAAUGAAAGAUUUUUGUCAGAAUUAGAAAAAAAUAAAUAUAAUAUAACAAUAGAGAAUGUUAUGAACUAUGGCAGGGCACUCCAAACACACAGUAAAGUAAUUAUGAUAUUUUUAGAUGACUUAAUAAACAAUAAUAUAAAUUAUUUUCCUUAUACUUUGAAUAUGAUAAAUAUGUAUUUAAAUAACGUUUCUGGCUCUUUAAAUAUGAUUGCUCUAAACGAAGAUGAUGAAAAAAAUGUAGCUGAAAAAUUAUUAGAGGGAUAUAAGAUUAUACAUCUUGUAGUUAAAGAUCAAUUAAGUAUUUACAUAAAUAGCUAUUGUAAUGACAUACUCUUUUAUGAUAAUUUGGUUAGUUUCACUCUACCAAUAGGUAAAAACGAAUAUACUACUACUAAUCUAGUAAAUAUAAAUAAUAAUCUCAAGGAUGAAAUUAUGUUGAAGUUUAAUUCAACAGUGAACAGCACUUUAUACGAAAAUUUACAUCCAAAACAUUUUUUGUUUUACGAUAUAAUGACCCAACAGAUUCUCAGCAACAAAAAUAAUACUAUAAAAAUAGAUAAUAGUCAACACAUUGUAUUAAAUUUACUACGAUUCACUCCACUUAAUAUUAAAUGUUCUGACGAUACUCAUAUAACUAUACAAGAUGUAUUUCAGUAUAUAAAAUAUGAUUUCUAUUCUAAGGAUGUUUUAUCAUACAUAAAUCUGAUAAUUUCGGCUACGUUUCGACCUAUUCUCAUUCGCAACUUUUUAACCUUAAUUCAAGUUGCAUGUUUAAAAAAUUCAGGUAGUGUAAUUUACUGGUUAAAAUCGACAUUAAUUAAAAUGGGUCAUAAAAUAAUAGGUUAUAUACAACAAUUUAUUUUUCUCCACUUGUUCAAUUAUAGGCAUUCAAUUAUUAAAAAGGUCAUUAAUCGUUUUAAGAAAGUCUUAGAUGAAUAUACUUCAAGACAUUUUUUUUGUGAAUCAGAUCAUACAUUGAAUAAAUCAAUAAUAAAAAAAAUGUCGCAAUUUUUCAUCAAAAAGCAAAUAUACUUUACAAUGGAAAUCAAUUUAACCAAUAAAAUUUUAACUGAAAAUAAUGCUGAUGAAAUUAAAAAUCAAUUAGAAGAAAUCAUGCAAAAAGUUGAAAUCUAUUUGUCCGACUUGAAAAAAUCGAAAGACCAUUUGGAAAUUAUUGCUAGAAGAUUUAAGGUUCGAUCAUUCAAAGUUUCAAACUAUAAUCCUUUUAUUGAUUCUAAAGUUUUAGAUCGCAUUUGUAAUACUCAAUCACAUUUUGAAAUAUACAGUUUUAUUACGAAUGAUAGUAAUAAAAAAGAUAUAGAAUAUUAUAAAGAUAAGGAAGAUGUGGAUGAAGAUUAUUCAUACUAUUGGAAGAAAAUAACAACCUUUAACUUAGAGGAUGUAAAAGAUGACUAUGAUGAAAAUAAUGAAAAUGAUAUUGAUACAAACGACUCCAUUGAAAUUCAGUCAACUUAUAAACCUCUUUAUAUGAUUGAUUAUUGUCCAUACGGCAUGUAAAGUAAAAUUUAUAAAUAGUUUUUAUAAUGGAUUCUCUGUAUCAUCAUUACUUAUUUAGAAAUAUUUUAUUUUUUUCCUUUCCAUACGAUAUCUUUUAAUGUUAAAAAAAAAUUUUGUUUGUAAAAUAGAAAAAUUAACAAGCAAAACAAAAUUCUGUCUCAGUAACAAAACUAUAUUUAUCAAUUAAUAAAUUAUCAACUCAAUUUCUUUUCAGUGUAUGGCAUUAAUUUAAUAUACUACAUUCUCGUAUUCAAACUUCUAAUAAAUUUCAAUUAAAGUGUUAAGAGAGAUGUUAUAAAUUGUUUUUGUAAUGAAUACUGUAAAGAAGAUGCUUGAUUUUUAAUUAAAGUUUUUUUCUUUAAUUCAAUGUUUUUUUUUUUGCAAUCGUAAAGUUUUUUUAAUGAAUAUCCCUUAUACCUUAUGUUAAAAUGAAACUCCCGGUAAUAUUGUGCGAGUUAGUUACUUUCGGUUUCGUGACAUAUGAUUAUGCCGGAGAAAGAAAUUGGG